AUGGACCAGGACAACUCGAUGGCAUGGCCGGGGUCCCUUCAGGAACAAUCGCUCAUGGGGGCCUCUGGCGAAGAUGAAUUCACUAAUUUUCUGGAGUUUGGAAUGCAUUUCCCCGAUCUGGAGGGGCACGGACCAGGCGAGCGACAGCUACAACCUCCUCGUUCUCUUCCCGCCUCGGUGUCGAUGAUGCCUACGACCACUGCUGAGCAGGAGCAACUGGUCCGCAUGGAGACCGACUCCCUUCCCAGCGCUCACUCGUCUUCAUCCUACAACAAUCGCAUCAUGGGCGAUUUCUCGUUCGAGCUUUCCAGCCACAACCAGCCAUCUCAACCUCAGGGUCAAAUUCCCUCGUCCUACACCAGCGCUCCUGUAACCCCAGCCUUCUACAACCAGGAACUUGCACAACCUCAGAUGUUCCAUCAUCCUCAACAACCGCCGCAGAAGCUGCAGCUGCAGCAACAACCCCAUCAUGGACUGCCUACCACCUCGCAACCCUACAUUCCCCACGGCCAAGCCAUCAUUCCCCCUACUCCGAACAGUAUUGAGCUUCAGGGUAAUGCAGCACGAUAUCCGGCCCAGGUGGAUGAGAACCACGAAUUGUACGACCGAUACCCUCGCAUGAACGAAGAGCAGGCACUCUACACUCCGCUCGUCUCUCCCGCCAUGACACCGUUAGAAACUCAAUUUCGACUGCCCGAGUACACAAUUCCCGGGGAGUAUUUUACCCCCCUCACCUCUCCAGCUCUUGAGGCCCAGAACUCCAACGGCAAUGGCUAUCCGUUCCAGUCGGUAUCUGAGGUCGGUUUUCUGCACUCUCCUGCCGACGCUAUCCCCGGCUCUUCUGCUCCUUCCUCCCCUGGCUUGAUGAGGAAACAUCGUCGCCGACCAUCGACCACUAAAUCCUUUUCCUCACGCGCCAAGAAACAGCAAUCGCCAUCUGUACGCCCACAGACACGAAAGAAGUCAAUGCUGAAUCUCAACUCCGACGAAGUUCUCAACGGCCUCAGCCAGGAUCAAGGAGUCUCCAAAGUACUGCCUCACGGUGUGAGUGGGCUUCGUCAGAGCAGCAAUGAGAGCUCCGACCAAGAUUCUGUAUCGCCGGAACCCCUUUCGGAACCAUUGAUGCCGCCGCCUGCCCUGCCCCCUGCGCGAAAGUCACCCGCCUUAGUGCCACAAGCCGAUCAGUCGCAAACGAGCGCUCCGGCAACCCCUGCAAUGUUGAUGCGUCUUCAACGGCCACAGCCAGCGGAGAAUCCAACAGGUCAAUUCAAUGGCCAAGCAAGGCUCGUAUCCACAGAAUCUUAUGACGACAUCAUGGAGGAUGUUAUGCUCCCGGAAGCUGCCACCCCGUCAUCACAACUCUCUCGACCUCAGGUUGCACGCAUUGAUACCGCCAUGAAGUCAGGCUCGGCUACACCGGUUACAUCAGCGAGUAUCACACCGUCGUUGGAGCCAAAAUCAGCGCCAAUUAUCGAUCGGAAUCCUGGCUCGAUUGCGCCGAGCCCACGCACGAUGGCCAUGCCCUCUCCUAGCGGACCGAUCGCGAAGAAGUCGGAAACACCUAAGCUUGGUCCGAUGGGGAGGAAACGGCAGAGCCUGAGCUCGACGCACGCCAGUCCUAAUUUGCGACCCAAGAUCAGUCCUAGCAUUCAGCCCUUGGUGCGCGGCGAAGGCAUUUCAAGCGAAACCUCAGCUCUAUACUUGGCGUCCAAAUCUAACUAUCAGCAUAUUCUGGACGGAACGCUACUACCUGGUGUCUCAUAUCCCGAAACCUUGGCUGAGAAUCUCAGCUCAAAGAGAACGAAUCACAAGCUCGCAGAGCAGGGCCGCAGAAACCGAAUCAACAACGCCCUCAAGGAAAUCGAGUCUCUGAUCCCAUCGGCGUUCAUUCAGAUGAAGCACGCCAAAGAGAAUGUGGCCAGUCUUGCCAAGGGUGACAAAGAAAAAGAGAAAGAGAAAGCCGGGGCACAAACAAUCAGCAAAGCCAGUACUGUGGAACUGGCUAUUGACUAUAUCAAGGCCUUGAAACAGGAAUUGGAAGAAACGAAAGGAAAGCUGGUCGCUGCUGAGGCUCGAAUGGGAGAGAAUGGUGCCGCGAAGGAUGAAGGCGGCAAAGCGGCCACGGUAUCUUCACCAGAGGAUGGGAACACGAAGAGCUCAAAUGGCACACAAGGCUGUAGUGUGGCAGUGGCCGCUGUUACUAGCACGGAAGCUACUGCCUCGACAUAG